AUGGUCGGCUUUUGCAGCGGUCGGACGAAUGUGCCGACGCUCGCGCGGCGCGACGCCCGCGGCGAGGCCCCGCGGUCCUCGGUCGUCGCCCAGGCCAAGCGCAUCCCGUACCGCCCGUACGUCGUCCAGCCGGGCGAGACCGUGUACGACAUCGCGACCAAGCACGACGUCACGAUGGGUUCCGUUCUCUCCCUGAACAGCCUGUCCUUCUCCAACCCCAACAUCUACGAAGGACAGGUCAUCCGCCUCCCCGUCGCGCUGCCGAGCCCCGAGAAGGACCAGCAGCGGGAUGCGACCGCCGCGGCGGCUGCCCCGCCCGCGGCCGCCGCGCCCCAGGCCGCCCCCCCGGCGACGCAGGCGCGCAAGCUGCAGCUCUCGAUGCCGGCCGUCCGCGCGCCCCCGAUGCCGAAGCCGAGCUCGGAGCAGCUCCUCGGCGGCGGCAUCGUCGCGGCCGCGCUCGUCGCCGCGGCGGCGUUCGGUGCCGGGCGCACGAGGGCGCCGGACGACGACAGCGCGCCCGGGUGGCGGCGGGGCGCGGCGCCGGGGGGCGACGCCGGCGACGACGGCGGCGCGGACACCGUCCGGCGGCUGCGCAGCAAGGUGGACGCUGUGCGGAGCAAGGUCGCGGGCUCCGUGGCGGGUCUGAAGAAGGAGCGCGCCCCGGCGGCGGAGCGCACAAAGGGCGACUUGGCCGCGCAGCGCGAUGUGGACGCGGGCGACGAGGUGAGCGCCGCCCGCACGCCGACGGAAAGCGGCAGCAACUUCCAGUACCCGCCGUACUACCGCGCGGGACCCGCCUCCGCGCCGGCACCGACGCCCGCCCCCAGGGCAAAAUCGCCGCCCAGCACGUCAACGCCCGAGCCCGCCGCGCCGGCGCCCAGCGCUGCGGUCCGCGAGCAGCCCCGCGCCGCCGCGCCGGCCCCCGCCGCCGCCGCGCCCGGAGUUCGCCCGCCGCCGCCGCUGCCGCGCGGCCCGAGGUGCUGCAGUUCCCGGCACGCGACACGCCGCUGCCGCUGCCAGCGCCCGUCGCGGACCUCGUGCAGGCCGCGCCGGAGCAGCUCCGCGCCGGCAUCACGGCGGCGCAGGAGGUCGUCGGCUCGGUGGCGACCUCGGCGGGCCUCCUGCCAGGCGCGCCCGCCGUCAAGCCGGCGCCGAAGCCGGCGCCGGCGCCGAGCGCGCGGUCCUCGCCGCCCGCGGCCGCGUCGCGGGGGCGGAUCGGCGAGCUCUUGGGGCCGUGGCGGGCGCGCGUGCGCGGCGCGCUGGACGUGGUGCUUCGGCCGGCGUACCGGAUCGUCGGGCUGCUGUUCGAGCCGCUCCAGCACAUGUGAGAGGGCCGCAGCUCCCCCUCCCGGCGUGUCGGGCGCGGCGGCGCCGGGGUCAGGCCCGUGGAGCCCGCAGGGCUCACUGGCCGCCCCCCUUCCGUGCGCCGCCGCAGGACGCCCCGGCCGCCGCGCCCGCGGCGGACCCUUGGAGCACGUCUGCCGCGCCGACGGCGACCGUCGACGACGCCCCCAGCGACGAGGCCGCCCCUAG